CAAAAUGUCAAAUCAUGCCACGCCGUUGCAGCCAGUGUCAGAAGUAGAGGGACCUAGCUCGAGUUUAUGAUGCGGUCUCACGCGCUGUUACAAAUUAGCGCUUCCGGCUUCCGAAGGGCUUUGCAUUAUCUCACCAUGUUGAUUUCCUGCAAUCGUCUUCUUUCUGUUCAACUAUCUCUUUGGCAAGUGUUGGACCUGUAUCAUAUUCCAUUUUUGCGUUUCCAGUUGGACAAUCAAUCGAUCCAUAAAAAUAAGACCUCAAAGCCAUGGUUGGAACCAGACGAAACCUCCUCAAACACAACUCGAGUUAUGGGAAUGGCAACGGCGACCACUUCAACAAACAAGUCCGCGCCGACAUAGAGAGCGGGUAUGGAGAGAACGAAUCCAACCCUCCCAGGCAGAGGUUUCGUGAUGCGGUAGAUCGGACAAAGCAAGAUCAUAGUGCUGUGGAGAUGAAACAGAAGCUCAUUGACAAUGUAGACCACACAGCAUUGGAGGAUUACAGGAAGAGCGAUGAAAGCUUGAAAUGCAUAAAGAACAAGAAGGUCCGGAACUUCUAUAAGGAACAGAAUAUCCGCCUCGAUGAUUGGCUCGAAGUUGAUAUGGUGGUCUCAUCGCUUGCAGACGAUAUUGUCGACAGCAUGAACCCGAGAGAUACAGAUGGCGAUGGCGUGGCAGAGGAGCGUGGCCCGUUAGGAACCAGUGGAGAAGACCUGGAACCGUUCUUACCAGAAGACGAGCGAGAGAAGCGAAGAAAGUCGGCGAAACAUGUGAGAUGGGCGAUCAAUAUCAACGUUGUCGUUAAUAUCUUGCUUCUCGCAGCGAAAGGUGUCGCAGCAUUAAAAUCCAGCUCGCUCUCCCUCAUCGCAUCGCUGGUCGAUUCCGCACUUGACCUCCUUUGCACGAUCAUCAUAUGGACCACGAACAGGCUCGUCAGUUGGAGGCUCACUCGUUUGAAGAAAAGCUUUCCUGUGGGACGAAGACGCCUCGAACCCCUCGGUAUCCUUGUUUUCUCUAUCCUAAUGAUCGUCUCGUUCAUGCAAAUCCUCCAAGAGUCGGUGCAGAAGCUCCUGCCAGGCGCCGAGCACAAGGCAGCCAAUCUGCCUCCGACAGCGAUCUUUGCCAUGGGGGCCACCAUCGUCGUCAAAGGCAUAAUCUGGAUCGGCUGCGCGAGGGUUCACACAACGCAAGUUCAGGCGUUAAGCCAGGAUUGUCGCACAGACGUCAUUUUCAAUUCGUUCUCGCUGCUUUUCCCACUUAUUGGCCACAAGUUUGAUAUUUGGUGGCUCGAUCCUGUUGGCGCUGCGUUGUUAUCGCUCUUCAUCAUCUUCGAUUGGGCUGGUACAUGUCUGGAGAACGUCACUCGUUUAACCGGUCUUGCCGCAAACGACCGCAUAGAACGCAAACUAAUGUUCAUGACAUACCGAUUCGCGCCGCUGGUAGAAGGGUUCAAGAGCAUCAAAUGCUACCAUGUCGGGGAUGGUGUCUGUGUGGAGAUUGACAUCCUAAUGUUGGCGGACACACCGUUGAGAAAAUGCCAUGAUGUCGCAGAAACGUUGCAGUACUGUCUUGAGGGACUCAAUGAGGUGGAUCGGGCGUUUGUUACUGUUGACUAUACUUCGCAGGGCCUGACUGGGCAUGCACUAGGGGACGGGGAAUAACGACAACACAAAGGAAUCUAUCGGUAAUCAUAUUUUGCUAUUGGUGUUACAUGGCGACGUCAAAAAGCGAUAUCAAACCUAAUCACAUCCCCCGGAAUCGGCGCUAUGUCGUCAAAACUGGCGAGAGCAGAGAAAAGUAGUCUCGAAUUUGAGAAGAAUUUGCUUGAGAAAGAAACCGUCAAGCACGACGUAGGGGAGGAAGAAUAGGCGAGGUAUACUACUGAGCUGGUAGUGGGGUUGGCGGUUUUGAAGGGGUACCGAGAGACGCUAGGAUAUACAGUAGGAGACAUGUAAUCAGGUGAACAGCUUUUGCGACGGGAUGCAUAUCUUCCCAGAAAACGCAAUGUUUAGUAGACCUCCAAGACUCUCUCUUCUCGAUGCAUUUAUACAUCUUCCAUUAUUUUGUAGUCAUAGUACAAGCUGGCGCCGAACAACGCCAAAAAAGUUGAACGUUCAUAUCUCCCUUGGCGUUGAACGAGUUUUUAUUUCUCGGUGUGCC